AUGAGCGCCCCAACACCCAUCUCCAUCUCCGCAUUCGCCGAGACCCAGCUCCAGCUCCUCCUCCAAGAGCACGAAGCCGAAGUCGCCUCCUCUUCCCUCGCAUCCACCGCAGCGUCCGUCUCGCCGUCCACAAGACGAACUCUCCAAGCCACUGGCUACGCAUUGACUGGUCUAGUCCUGUCUUCAUGCCGUACAGGGUUGGGAGGUCGUGUCGUGGGCGAAUUCACGCCCGAUCCUGCGAUUGCGCCUACAGGGUCGAAUGGUGGUGAUGCGCGGAAUUUGGACGGACAGCUAAGACUGGGCUCGCAUGGGAUUCGGGUCGGUGACGUUGUUCGGGUGAAUGAUGUUUCUGCGGGGUCGGGAAAGAAGUUGGGGAAGGAUAAGGAUAAGGGCAAGGGUGGCAAGGAUGGGGGGAAGGGAGGUCCGGAGGGUGUGGUUACGAGAGUGAGCGAGAAGGCGGUUUGGAUUGCCUUUGGACAAAGAGGUGGUGGUGGUGGUGGUCGUUCGAAAGAGGACGAUGAGGCGAUUGAGGAGCUGUGGGGGAAGAAGCUUUGGGCGAUCAAGCUUGCGAACGACGUGACGUAUCGACGAAUGCGACAGACCAUGGAAAAGAUGGUCAAGAUGACCGAAGGGGAUCACACACACUUUAUGCGCGUUGCAUUCGGACACACGACCCCAUUACAACCCGACUACGAGGGGACUGGAGACGUCCAAUUCACCGAUCCCACUUUAAACGACUCACAGAAGGAUGCAAUUCGAUUCGCGCUGGCUGCCAGGGAUAUUGCUCUGAUCCACGGUCCACCUGGCACUGGUAAAACCCACACGCUCAUUGAAUUGAUCACACAGUUGAUCCAGAAGAACAAGCGAAUCCUGGUGUGUGGGCCCUCGAAUAUCUCGGUGGACAACAUAGUCGAGCGUCUUGCGCUGAAAAAAGUGCCCGUGAUCCGAAUCGGCCAUCCGGCCCGUCUACUCCCCUCAGUGAUGGAGCACUCCCUGGAAGUGCUCACCCAAACCUCCGAAGCGGCAGGCAUCGUGAAAGAUGUUCGGAAAGAGAUGGACGAGAAGCAGGCCAGCAUUCGCAAAACGCGGACUGGUCGUGAGCGUCGGGCUAUUUACGAUGAUCUGAAACUUCUACGGAAGGAAUACCGAGAACGGGAAUCCAAAUGCGUUGACAAUCUCGUCCGCGAGAGUAGCGUGGUUUUGGCAACUCUUCACGGCGCUGGUGGCCAUCAGCUGAAGAAUCAGAAAUUUGAUGUCGUGAUUAUUGACGAGGCCAGUCAAGCCCUUGAGGCUCAAUGCUGGAUUUCACUGCUUUCUGCGGAGAAGGUUGUCCUCGCAGGUGAUCAUCUACAAUUGCCGCCAACCGUAAAGUCCUCCAAAAUCAAUACUCGAGAUCGCGAGAGCAAAGGGUUGGCGCAACAGGAUCUGGCAGAGUUUGGCAAGAAGGAGAUCCUGCAGGGCGUCUCGCUGGAGCGAACCCUCUUUGAUCGUCUGUUGGCUUUGCACGGGCCAGGGAUCAAGCGGAUGCUGACGACACAAUAUCGAAUGCAUGAAAUGAUCAUGCGAUUUCCUUCAGAUGAAUUGUACGACUCUAGACUGAUUGCCGCCGACUCGGUCAAGAAUCGAUUACUGGCGGACUUGCCAUACGAGGUCCACGGUACCGACGAUACACAGGAGCCACUCGUGUUCUGGGAUACACAGGGCGGCGACUUCCCUGAAAGAACCGAAGACUGUGAUGUGGGAAAGAAGGAAGCGCUUUUGGGAGAUAGCAAAAGCAAUGAGAUGGAAGCGCUGGUGGUCGCCCGUCAUGUGGAUCACCUGAUCACAGCGGGAAUUCGUCCAGAGGACAUUGCCGUCAUCACGCCUUACAAUGGCCAACUUGCAGUGCUGUCCCAGAUGUUGCGCGAGAAGUACCAUGGCCUAGAAAUAGGCAGCGUCGACGGCUUCCAAGGACGGGAAAAGGAAGCCGUGGUCGUGAGUCUCGUGCGAAGCAAUCCCGAGCACGAGGUCGGCUUCCUAGGAGAGAAACGUCGAUUGAAUGGUACGUCAAAUUGGUGCGGGAAACACCCCUCCAUUGCUCUGUCGUCUUUCUGGAUUUCCUAUUGGUACCCCCAUUUUUGCAUCUUGUUUGAGAUAGAUGAAAUCGGCUAA